AGCAACACAGAAGCACAACGGGAGAAAGCUGCGUGAGCCACUAUGGAGUUGUACAACAAAGACACAUUUUCUGAUGAUAUCCUGCCUGUUGUCAUUGUUGGUAAUGGACCAUCAGGGAUUUGUCUCUCUUAUUUGCUGUCGGGAUACACGCCUUACCUUUCCCCCGAUGGUUUCCAUCCCAACCCAAUUUUGCAUAACAAGCUGACAGAGAAUCCUCAUCUGUCUUUGUUUGACCAGAAUCUAGAGUACCUGUGUGAGGGUGUAGAGGGCCGUUCAUCAAACCCUGUGGCUGUGCUCUUCGACGCCCUCCUUCUUCCAGAUGGUGACUUUGGGGUGGAUUGCGCCUCCCCGCUGAUAUGGAGACAUGAGCCGGAAAGGGCCACACCUCACCUUGUGCUGGGGAAGGGACCACCUGGAGGGGCCUGGCAUGCGAUGGAGGGCUCAAUGCUGACACUCAGCUUGGCUAACUGGAUGGAACUUCCUGGUUUGAAGCUGAAGGAGUGGAUGAGAGAUAAACGAAGAAAUUUACGUAAUGACCGGGCCACACCAGCUGAGAUUGCAUCGUACUACCAGCACUAUGUGACUAAAAUGGGUCUGGAGAAGAGCUUUGCUUGCGGCACCACCGUAACCUCAGUGUCUCGGGUUUCCCUUGAAUCUGGCUGCUCCGUUUGGAAGAUCCAAGGCCUCCAGAGAAGAGCAAGCAGUGGUGAAGAAACUGAAGUCCCUUUCUCUGUCUAUGCCGAGAACGUGGUGCUUGCCACAGGAACCCACGACAUCCCUGCCCGUCUUGGCGUGGAAGGUGAAAACCUUCCCUUUGUGUGCCACAGCUUCUGGGAGCUGGAGGCCGCCAUUUCGUCAGGCCGCUUGGACCGCGCUUCAGAGCCGGUUCUUGUGGUUGGUGCUGGGUUGACGGCGGCGGAUGCCGUUCUGGCAGCUCACCACUUGAACACUCCUGUAUAUCACACCUUUAGACGACCUGUGAGUGAUCCGGCGCUCAUCUUCAACCAGCUGCCCAAGCUCCUCUACCCUGAGUACCACAAAGUGCAUCAAAUGAUGAGCCAGCAGCAGUACAAAGUGGGUGAGACGGUGGUCAAUCUGUCCAACCAGCCUCUUUCUUCACCUGCUGAUGGCACCAGCCCGUAUACCUGUUAUCCUGGUUACCUAAGUUUCCCAAAGCACCAUGUAGCUGCCUUCAGACGUGAUGGCAAGUGUGUGCUUGAGGAUGAGGGAGGGAUACAGACAGUGCUGCAAGUCUCAAUGGCGCUCAUUUUGAUUGGUGCCCAUCCCAACCUGUUAUUCCUCCCAGAACAUGGUGGUCCGCUGGCAUUUGAGACGUUUUCCAAAGUUGUAUUCCUAUUACUGUCAUGUGAUAAAGAGCAAUGA